GAGGCGAAGGAGAAGGGUCCGUCAACCCGGCACCGUUCCCGAUUUGGGGCCACCAUGGGAUGUACGUUGAGCGCCGAGGAAAGGGCCGCCUUGGAAAGGAGCAAAGCGAUCGAGAAGAACCUCAAGGAAGAUGGGAUCACCGCGGCCAAAGACGUGAAAUUGCUCCUGCUAGGGGCUGGGGAAUCCGGAAAAAGCACAAUCGUGAAGCAGAUGAAGAUCAUCCAUGAAGAUGGCUUUUCCGGAGAAGACGUGAAGCAGUACAAGCCUGUGAUCUAUAGCAACACUAUUCAAUCUUUGGCAGCUAUUGUCCGUGCCAUGGACACGCUGGGCAUAGAAUAUGGGGAUAAGGAAAGACGGGACACAGGUAAACCUCCAAGUGGCCUCAAAGACCCUCUAAAAGAAUGCAAAUUACCAACUCCCUUCUCUCCAGAGCUGCUUUCGGCAAUGAUAAGGCUGUGGUCCGACAGUGGCCUCCAGGAGUGUUUCAAUCGGUCCCGAGAAUAUCAGCUCAAUGACUCUGCUCAAUACUAUCUAGACUGCUUAGAUCGAAUUGGAGCUGCCGAUUACCAGCCCACAGAGCAAGACAUCCUUCGAACCAGGGUCAAAACAACUGGCAUUGUAGAAACCCAUUUCACAUUCAAAAACCUCCAUUUCAGGCUGUUUGAUGUUGGGGGUCAGAGAUCGGAGCGUAAGAAGUGGAUCCACUGUUUUGAGGAUGUCACGGCAAUCAUUUUCUGUGUCGCGCUGAGUGGGUAUGACCAGGUACUUCAUGAAGAUGAGACAACGAAUCGCAUGCAUGAAUCAUUGAAGCUGUUUGAUAGUAUCUGUAACAAUAAAUGGUUCACAGAUACCUCCAUCAUCCUGUUCCUCAAUAAGAAGGACAUCUUUGAAGAGAAGAUUAAGAAAUCCCCCUUAAUUAUCUGCUUUCCAGAUUAUACAGGACCCAGCAACUUCCCGGAUGCGGUGACUUACAUCCAGACGCAGUACGAGAGCAAGAAUAAGUCAUCCAACAAAGAGAUAUACACUCACAUCACCUGUGCCACGGACACCAACAACAUCCAGUUUGUCUUUGAUGCUGUAACUGAUGUCAUAAUUGCCAAUAAUUUGCGUGGAUGUGGACUAUAUUAA